ACGGAAGAUUUUUUUUUUCUCUGUGCUGUCAAAUUUUUCACUCUCAGCUUAUAGGACUGUGUUAUGGUUUCUAUUGGUCUGAAAGGAUUGCCGUCUAGAAGACAUAAAUCGCAUAGUUUAUCUGAGGAUAGACUGACACCUGACGAAGGUACACCUUCGUGUAACAAGGGUGGCCGAACACGCAAAAUGGGCAGGAAAGGAAGUAAGAGAAACGAAGGAUUUCAUGGAGAUGCUUCCACUGAAAACCGGUCAGGUGGUGCAGGAAAACCUCGCAAAUUUGAAACAGACAACGCAGCCUCAGUAUCGGAAUCAUCAUUUGUCAGGAAGCAGGACCCAGAUACCACUAAAUAUUUUACCGAGAUUUCAAAUGCAAUAGAAGGAACGGAGGUAGAUUUUGAGGAGCGCUCUGUUAUAUGUGGUAAUGCGUUGGAAGAAGCCAGAGGGAAAGAAGUAGAACUCGCAACUGAUUAUAUUAUCAGUCACACUAUGCAAACUCUCCUCGAAAACUGCUCCGUGGAUCACCUUUGUUCUUUUCUUCAAAGCUGCGUGUAUGAUUUCGCCCAUAUUUCUAUGGAUAAGUCUGGUUCUCAUGUAGCUGAGACAGCACUGAAGUCUUUGGCCAGACAUCUCGAGGAUAACGAGAAUCACUCUCUCGUUGAAGCGACAGUAUCUGCAUUGUGCGAGGCAAUUGUGGUGAAUCCAGUUGAUAUAAUGUGCAACUGUUAUGGAUCGCAUGUCCUAAGGAGACUUCUUUGUCUUUGUAAAGGAGUUCCAAUGGACACAUUGGAGUUUCAUACCACAAAUCCAUCAUUGGUGUUAGCGCAACGUUUGAAUUUGAGAUCAUCUCUGUUAGAUGGUUCUAAAUCUCAAGAGAACCAACCUUUCCCGGAUCAACUCAAAUAUCUUGUAACAGAGAUUGUAAACCCUUCGAAGACAGACGUGGGAAUCUUACUAGGAGACCAGUACAGUAGUUUGGUUCUGCAGGCUGCUCUGAAAUUAUUAGCUGGACAAGAUGAGGAGUUGUUCCGUUUAAUUCCUAUUCUCCUUGGCUGCCCUGCAGACAUUGUUGUAGAACCGAACUUCAUAGAAGGGAAAGUAGGGAAAAAAAUUCUACGUUUAGUGGAAGAAAAUGCGUACAGUCAUUUAAUGGAGGUCAUCUUGGCAGUGGCUCCUGAUAGCUUAUAUAACGAAAUAAUUAUGACAGUUUUCAAGGGUUCCUUGUUUAGGAUGUCAUCGCAUCGCUCUGGGAAUUUCGUUGUGCAAGCAUUGGUGGCUCAUGCAAGAACUCAAGAUCAUAUAAAGUUGAUUUUCGAGGAACUGGGUUCUAAAUUUAGGAAUCUUAUCGAACUGGGAAGGACUGGAGUUGUUGCAGCUUUAAUUGGUGCGAGUCAAAGGCUAAAGAUCUAUGAGCACAAGUGUUGUCAAGCCCUAGCUGAUGCUGUCUGUUUGGCGAAUGAGUCUUCUGCGUGUAUCGUGCCACGGUUAUUCUUUCUUGACAAUUACUUAUAUAGUAAUGAUAAAGCCAACUGGUAUUGGCCAAAUGGUGCUAAAAUGCAUGUUUUGGGCUCUUUGAUUCUGGAGUCGGUUUUCAAAUUUCCAAGUGAACAUAUACAAGCAUAUAUUACCAGCCUCAUGUCUUUAGAGGCUAACCAUGUCCUUGAAUUAACAAAACAUCCUGCUGGUGCCCGAGUGAUUGAGGCUUUUCUCGUUUCAAAUGCUUCAGCCAAGCACAAACACAAGUUAAUUAUCAAGCUUCAAGGACAUUUUGGAGAGCUCUCGGUGCUAAAUUCUGGUUCAUAUACUGUCGAUAAGUGCUUCAACGCCAGCAAUAUAUCUCUGAGGGAGAAAAUUGUAUCUGAACUAGUAUCUUAUGAAACAGAGCUGUCCAAGACUAGACAGGGUCCAUACUUGUUAAAGAAACUUGAUGUUACGGGAUUUGCAAGAGAACCUGAUCAAUGGAGAUCGAGGCAAACUUCAAAGCAAUCUAUUUACAAUGAAUUCUAUGAAGCUUUUGGACCAAAGGAUGCUAAGCCAUCUCGAAGUGAAAACUUUCUUUCUAAUACUCGUCCCAAACCACAGGCAGAAAAUUUGAAAGGCAUGAGAGAAGAGAUCAAUAGUCGUCUAAAUUCUGCUUUUCCUUCCAGUUCCGUUUCUCCGUUCUUGGCACACCAGGGGAAACCAAAAAAAUCAGGGAAUAAGCAUGUGCCAGAAGGAAGAGGGUUUGCCAAAGACGAUGAAAAUCUCUCGAAAAGCAAAAGGCAUAAAACAGGAAAAACCGGCAACUCUACUGAAAAUAAUAAUGGUGGAGAAAUUCAUGAUGAGAAAUCAUCUACUGUUAAGGAGAAAAAAAGACGCAGAAAAGAUGGCUUGUCGAAAUCUUCGGACAAGAAGUUGAAAGCUGGGAAUAUUGAUUAACCGAAAGCUACUACAAGCUUCAAUUGACAUGGAAAGUUCUCAGAUUCUUUGUCCCCCUUUUUAUUUCUGCUAACAUUGCUAUUUAUAAUCAGAACUCUUGUAUUCACAUGUCCUAAGCUAGGAAUUACAUAGAACAAAAAACGUCACUACACCAAAAUUUGUUUACAUUCUAAGUUGCAAUGAAAAGUGUAAUCAACUGCAAUAGAAUAUCCGUAUUCGAAUGUAAUAACUUCUCAGCAGGUACUCCAUUUGUCAACCGAUGCUUUCGACAGUGAAAUCCUAUGGAGGCUUGGACCUGGUGCAAGAACAUGAUGUCUGAAAUGAAGCUUUCUCGAGGUGGAACAAGAAGGCGUUAAAACUUUUCGGAGAUAGAAGGUUACUUGUUCUGCGUGGGAUUCGACCUGCUUGGAGGUACUCUUCUGUAGCUCGAUUUCUCCUUCUUGUAUGGAUUCUUCUCUUUUGAAUGCAAACCCUUAAGAGAUUGUGAAGAUGACUUUACGGUCGAAACGGGAUUUUGUGUAUUAGCUAGAAGGACUCGUAUUGCUUGCGAUUCUUGUACGUGGGAGUUCAAAACGAGCACUAGUACUAUAAGAAACAAGGCUGUUAUACUGAGGUGGGACUUCAUAACUGAUGUUUGCGCUUAUUGAGUUGUUUUGCUUUGAAUCUUGUUAAAAAUGAUGCAGCUUAACUUUUUUUGUGAUGAGAUUUGCUUUGAAUCAUUAUGUGA